GGAUUUAAUUAAAGGAAAUUCCCCAAAGAACAAUUCUUUGACACCAAUUACCGAUGAAGAGAGGGAAUCAACCACUCACAAAUUUACUCAGUCAUCAGGAUAUCAAAAAGAAAAUUGCCUUUAG